AUGUCCACCCAAACAAAUCUUAUUGCUACACUUCACGGCGCAAAGGACUUGCGACUCGAAGUACGUCCAGCUGUGCAAGUUGGAGAGCUCGACGCCCAAGUAGACGUCAAAGCAACUGGGCUGUGUGGCUCAGAUCUGCACUACUACCGUCAUGGCCGCAACGGGGACUUCGUGAUACGGGAGCCACUCGCUAUGGGACAUGAGGCUGCCGGAAUCGUCACCUCUGUCGGUAAAGGCGUGUCGCACAUCCAGCCAGGUGACAGGGUGGCCAUUGAAGCCGGUAUUUACUGCUCGAGUUGCAGCCUGUGUAAGAGUGGCAGAUACAACCUCUGUCCGGGGUUGAGGUUUGCUUCAUCGGCCAAAACAUAUCCGCACUUGGAUGGAACUCUCCAGACGUGUUUCACUCAUCCUGCUAGACUCUUGCACAAAAUGCCUGAUAAUGUGUCGUUCGAGCAAGCUUCGCUGGUGGAGCCAUUGAGUGUCGUCUUGCAUGGAAGUAGACGUUCUGGGGUUAGAGCAGGUCACCAUGUUGCCAUCUUUGGCGCUGGUGCCGUAGGUUUACUGGCUGCUUCGGUCGUCAAGGCACAGGGUGCAACUAAGGUCACGGUAAUAGAUAUUGAUGAGAACAGACUUAAAUUCGCAUUGGAAAAGAGCUUCGCUGAUAACACUGUUCUGCUCCCUCUUGGACCACGUCCUUCGUCGCCCGCGGAAUCGCUUGAAAUUUCAAAGAACACAGCUGAUAGCAUACUCGGACAGUCCAGUAGUGAUGGCUACGAUGUAGUGUUUGAGUGUACAGGUGUGGAAACAUGUAUGCAAGCUGCGAUUUAUGCAGCCAAAGCCGGUGGAAAAGUUGUUUACAUCGGUAUGGGAACCCCAAAUGCCACAUUGCCGGUAUCGGCGGCAGCAUUUAGAGAAGUCGAUUUAGUUGGCGUUUUCAGGUAUUCAAACACGUACGACGAUGCUCUUGAAAUGUUCGCUGCUAACAAGCUCGCAUCGGCUGAUUCGCUCGUCACUCACAAAUUUAAACUCAGCGACAGCAAAAACGCCUUCGAGACACUUUCAAAUGGCAAAGAUGAGAAUGGAAGGCCCGCUAUUAAGAUUAUGAUAGGUGAUUAUUAG